AGAGAGAAGAAUGGUACUUCUUGUUCCUGUUUACACACUCAUUGGUUUGUGCCCUAACCGAGGAUCAAACCCACAAUCUUAGUCUAUUGGGGUGAUACUCUGACCACCUGAGCUACCGGGCUAGGGCCCUCAGGACUUUUUAAACAGGGAAGCAGCCUCAGUUCGGUUUAUCUUUUUAAGAGCCCUAUUGGCUGGCUGUGGGGGGACAUUGUGGGUGUGGGUGACAUGAGCCACAGAGGGACUGUGGUGUCACUUACUGCUGCAGAGAGACGAGAUGGGGAAUGACCUGGGGGAGGAAGUGAGUUCUAUUUUGGACACAUUACUUCUGAGAGGCUCAUCAGACCUGAAGGCAGAGGAGUCCUUCCUGAGAAAAUUCUAGCAGGAUUUCUGAGAGACUUAGAUACCUCAACUGAGACCGAAAGGAUGAAGGCCAGGAGAAGAUGGGCCGAGUUGGAGCCGAGGAUGGGCACCCAGGAUCAACCCACCCCUGACUUUGGGGGCCAGGAGACGGCCAAGAUGCUCAACUGGAAACUACUGGGGAUCCUGAUCCUUUGCCUGUACACUGAAGGCAUCUCAGGCAGUGGGAACCGCCUCUCUCCCCCACCCGCAGAGGUUGGACAGGAGGAGGGUUCUCCAACAUUGCCUCAGGGUGCCCCGAUCCCUGGUGACCCCUGGCCAGGGACACCCCCUGUCUUUGAGGACCCUCCACCUCCAGGCCCCAGUCGUCCCGGGAGAGACCCGCCUGAAUCUGGAGUCUGGCCACCUGAGCCUCCUAGAACUGAUCCGCCUCACACUCCUCUGCCGGAUGAUCCCUGGCCAGCAGGAACCCAGCCUCCAGAAAAACCCUGGCCACCUGCCCCUGAGGUGGACCAUAAGCCUCAGGAGGAGCCAGACCUUGAUCCACCCCGGGAAGAGUACAGAUAACCAGAUCUUCUGGGAGAAGCCACCCACGCCCAUCUCUACCCUCUGAUUCCCCUGAGUUCUCCCGUUCUUCAUUCCCUCAAUUGUAUUCUGAACACCGAAGGUGCACUCUCGAUAUUUUCUAUCCCCUCCUGAGAUCCAUACUUGGUCCCCACAUUUCUUUGUUCUUUUCUCUGACAGCACAAACAUACACCCUAACCUUGGUCCAGUCAUCUCAUCUCCACCUCCUCUUCCCCACCCUGGGGCUCCUGGGACCUGCCCCCCACCCCCCACUCACCCCUCUGUGUUCUCUGCUGCCACCUGGUGGCUUACUGCUGGGAACCUUCAGGAGACAAUGGUGCUUCCACGAA